AUGGCCGCCGGAGCGUGCUGCAAGUGUCCCAUCUCCCUGGCCGUGUUUAAGCGCUCUCUGUCGGUGGUGCCGCGGGGCCAGACGCCCGCCUCUCCCCGCUCGCUUUUAUCGGUGUGGCGACUCGGCGAGCGGGGCCUGCAGGAGGCCGCCCGGCCCUCCAGCGCCCUGAGAGCGGCUGGUUAUGGUCGUCACACGGCAUUCUGUUGUAUUUCCUGCCAGGAGUCCAUGAGCCAAAGCUUGAAGACGUGUUACGUGUACCUGAACCAGACCAGUCGGAGCUUUGCGGCCGUCAUUCAGGCCCUGGACGGGGAGCUGAGACAUGCUGUAUGCAUUUUCUACCUGGUGCUUCGGGCGUUGGACACGGUGGAGGACGACAUGAGCAUCCCCCUGGACAGGAAAGUCCCCAUGCUCAACAACUUCCACACUUAUCUCUACCAGGACGCCUGGAGCUUUAGUGAGAGUCAGGAGAAAGACCGGCAGGUUUUGGAGGACUUUCCGACGAUAUCUUUGGAAUUCCGAAACCUGGCUCAGGAAUACCGCGAGGUCAUCUCGGACAUCUGCCACCGGAUGGGAGUCGGAAUGGCCGAAUUCUUGGAGAAGAAAGUGGGAUCCAUGAAGGAGUGGGACAAGUAUUGCCACUAUGUGGCAGGGCUGGUCGGCAUCGGUCUGUCUCGCCUGUUCUCGGCGUCCCAGCUGGAGGACCCGGAGGUGGGCUGGGACACUGAAUUAGCCAACUCCAUGGGUUUGUUCCUCCAAAAGACCAAUAUUAUACGAGACUAUCUGGAGGACACAAAGGAGGGACGUGCCUUCUGGCCACAAGAAGCGUGGAGCCAGUUUGCGGGCCGUCUGGAGGAUUUGGCGCAACCCGACAAAUUGGAAUCGGCUCUGUCGUGUCUCAACCUGCUGGUCACGGAUGCUUUACGGCACGUGCCGGAUGUCAUAGCCUACCUGGCGCGACUCCGCAACCAGAGCGUUUUCAAUUUCUGCGCCAUCCCUCAGGUGAUGGCGAUAGCUACAUUGUCAUCAUGCUACAACAACCCACUGGUGUUCCAAGGCGUGGUAAAAAUCCGAAAGGGACAAGCGGUCACGCUCAUGAUGGAGGCCACCAACAUGCGAGCUGUGCAGAACAUCAUCAGCCAGUACAGCCAAGAGAUCCUGCACAAAGUCUCCCUGGCAGACCCAUCGCGUGACGAGACCCUGCGCAUCCUAGCAGUUAUUCGGGAAAAGUCGCAGUCGUCCAGCUUGCCAGUCCGGAGCCACCACAUGUCUCCCGUGUACCUCUCGGCGGCCAUGUUGUUAGCCGCCGUUAGCUGGCAGUACCUCAGCGCCACGGCGGCGCAGGCGCAAGGUGUCGGCGACAUACAGGGACAGUAA